AUGUCCUCGAGGAAAAGUACGAUGAAGAAAUCGCUCUGGGUGCAAUAUAAGGCAUUGCCACCUCGUACACGCAUGUAUAUUGGUUUCGGGGGAAUGGCGUUUGCAUUGGCAGGACUCUACGUCAGUGAUGCUAUGGAAGACAAGUUGGAUCCUGCGCGACAUUCAAAGACAAUUGCACCUCCAGAAGCCGAUGUAAAAUCACGUUGAUUUGAGCUCAGUCUGCUGGGGUCACAAAAACACUGGCAGAUACGACAUGUCUGAAACUGGUGCCAAAUAAAGGCUCGAGGAUGAUGCAAAUAUGAUUGAAUCUAGAAAACCUUAUCAAAAUGGAGAAAUGACACCAUCCGGUGGUCCCACCACUUUGAGUAAAUGGGAAUAGAUGGAUGUUGCCAC